GAAGAAGGGUUAAGUCAGUUUGUUCUCGUUGUUAUAUUGUAACUACAACUGAGUUUUCCAAAUAAGUAUAGACAUUUAAAUUGUGUUAUAGUAAUAAUUCAUUAUGAAACAUAGUAUGAUUCGUAUCAAAAGGAUUUGGGUUGUUUCAUUGAUCCUCGUCAUUACUAUAUUAAUAUCUUUAAUGUUCAGUAACACUAUACAAAACGCAAAAAUGGUCGCUUACGUGAAAAAUGGUCUGCUGACGACAUUCAUCAAUUCCAAGAGUCCUGCUCCGGUAGAGAGCCAAUUCAAUUUUCCAAAUUGGGAAAAUCUAGACACAGCGACGGAUACGCAGAUCAUGAACUACUUCGUGUGGAAAAACCGCUCAUCCUGUCAAUUGGCUCAUGACUUUGGUGGGACCAUGAUGAAUAAUCCAUCGGGAUUGGACGGACAAAAAACCAUUUGCAUCGAUCCGAUUAUCACCCCGCGUGGUUAUGAAUGUCUGAUUUACUCAUUUGGUAUAAACAAUGAAUGGUCAUUCGACGAAAACAUGGAACGCUACGGCUGCGAAGUUUACUCGUUUGAUCCUUCAAUGGGAGCAGAAGAUCACGACCACAGUGCGAAGAUUCAUUUCUACAGCUGGGGACUUGGUAAUCGGGAUGAAAUAACUGAUAACCAUUGGAAAGUCUUCUCGCUUUCGAGCAUCUACAAAAAUCUGACGGCGAAACACGGCGCUAAAAUCAUUGAUUACCUGAAAAUUGACAUCGAAUUCGCCGAAUGGGACGUCCUUCCACAAAUCAUGGAAUCCGGUAUGCUGGCUAAAGUGCGGCAGCUGGGUGUUGAGAUUCACCUGCCGGAUGAUGAGCCAAUCGAAAACUACCGCGCAAAAGCCAAAAUUUUGCGAUCUCUCGAGCUGAUGGGCAUGGUUCGCUUUGAUUCCAAGUACAACCCAUGGUACAAGGGCGACUUUGUACAACUGAAACUUCAGGGAUCUUUUGGGUACGAGAUCGCUUGGUACAACAGCAAACUACUGCACGUUUCCUGAUAACA